GUUAAGGCUCAAACUGUACGGAGUAGUAGUAUGUUUUCUUAGCUUCGCUUCUUUUGAAAAGUGAUGCAAUAAAUAUUGAACAUGUCAGUCCACUCAUCCGUGAUAUGGAUAUACCAAAACCAAGAAACCUGCGACAUUUCUCUUCUAUAUCUAACCAAAUCAUUCUUGUGUUACGUUUUCAUUGCUGCAUCUUCACUUGCACGCUACCUGAGGAUGGGUGAGCUUAACGCUGAACCUGGUGGUUAUGUAAGCGGAUACUAUAUCAGAGCCGAUGGGUUGAAGGAGAGCUUCUACAAUAUACCUGUCCGUCCACCUGGCCUUUUCACGUUGUAUCUGAAUGAAGAUUUUAAUUUGGCUGACUUGGUUUUGGGAGAUGUUUGGUGAACAGCAUUACUCUUAUGUAGUUUUUGGCAGCAAAUCUCUGUAUGGCAUUUCUAGAUCAGACUGGUUUUUGUGGGUUGUUUGACUCAUAAUUCAUAUGCGUUUUCCAACGUGUAUGGAGUUCAGGAAAUGAGCAAUGUGGAGA